CAGCUCAUGGUGGUCCCAUGUGGAGAUGGGUCCCCCCGACCCCAUCCUGGGGGUGACAGAAGCUUUCAAACGUGACACCAACUCCAAGAAGAUGAACCUGGGGGUGGGGGCAUACCGGGAUGACAACGGGAAGCCGUACGUCCUGAGCUGUGUUCGCAAGGCCGAGGCCAUGAUAGCAUCCAAUAAGAUGGACAAGGAGUACCUGCCCAUUGGGGGGCUUGCAGAUUUCACCCGGGCCUCCGCGGAGCUGGCGCUGGGGGAGAACAGCGAGGCCUUCAAGAGCGGCCGGUAUGUCACUGUGCAGGGCAUUUCUGGGACUGGAUCUCUGCGAAUCGGAGCCAACUUCUUGCAACGAUUCUUCAAGGCCAGCCGUGAUGUGUAUCUCCCCAAGCCAUCCUGGGGCAACCACACCCCCAUUUUCCGGGAUGCUGGCCUGCAGCUCCAGGCCUAUCGCUACUACGACCCCAAGACGUGCAGCCUGGACUUCUCUGGAGCCAUGGAUGACAUUUCUAAAAUUCCAGAGAAGAGCAUCAUCCUCUUGCAUGCCUGUGCUCACAACCCCACCGGGGUGGAUCCCCGACAGGAGCAAUGGAAGGAACUGGCAGCUACAGUGAAGAAACGGAACCUCCUGGUGUACUUUGACAUGGCCUACCAGGGCUUUGCCAGCGGGGACAUCAACCGGGACGCCUGGGCUGUGCGCUACUUCAUCGAGCAGGGCAUCAACGUCCUCCUCUCACAGUCCUAUGCCAAGAACAUGGGGCUGUACGGGGAACGUGCUGGUGCCUUCACGGUGAUUUGCCGCGACGCCGAGGAGGCCAAGAGGGUGGAGUCUCAGCUGAAGAUCCUCAUCCGGCCCAUGUACUCCAAUCCCCCCGUCAACGGGGCCCGCAUCGCCUCCAUCAUCCUCAACACCCCCGACCUCCGCAAGGAGUGGCUGGUGGAGGUGAAGGGCAUGGCUGACCGGAUCAUCAGCAUGAGGACUCAGCUGGUGUCCAACCUCAAGAAAGAAGGAUCCUCCCACAACUGGCAGCACAUCACUGACCAGAUUGGCAUGUUCUGCUUCACAGGGCUGAAGCCAGAGCAGGUGGAACGACUGACCAAGGAGUUCUCCAUCUACAUGACCAAGGACGGACGAAUCUCCGUGGCAGGAGUCACAUCAGGCAACGUGGGUUACCUGGCCCAUGCCAUCCAUCAGGUCACCAAGUAGAGACAAAAGAGGUGUGCCCUGGAGCUGGUGGCCUUCCCUUCUCCACCUGCCAGACAUGGGGAGGGGAAGGAAACGAGCAGAAUCCUUCCAACUCGACGCUGCUGCUGAAUGUAUCUUUGUAGAUAAGUUGUUGUAGAAGCCUGGUCAAAAC